UAGAGUUGGAAGGGGUCACAAGAGUCAUCUAGUUGAACUCCUUACAACGCAGGGCUCUUUUGCUCAAUGUGGGGCUUGAGCCCACGACUCUGAGAUUAAGAGGCCUGCGGAGACUCACGUCUGUGACAGGAAAUGAUGGCAAUAGUGGCAUCCCGCGAGGCCUUGAGGCGGCAACGGAGAUGGCGGGAAUAGUAGUGGCAGCCUGCAAUGCCUCGUGGCGACACAAGCAGUGGGGCUUGCGAGGCCUCGCCAUGGUGGCAAGAAGUAGCGGCAGCCUGCAAGUCUUCCUGGCAGUAGUGGAAGGUGGUGGCAAAAGCUGUGGCAGCCUGCCUCAGUGAGGCCUUGCAGGCCACCACUGCUUCUGCCACCAUCUCCUGCUGCCACUGCAAGGCCUCACAGGCUGCCCUUGCUGCCACCACCAUUUUGCCACAGCUGCAAGGCCUUGCAGGCUGCUUCUGCCACUGCCGCCCACUGCCAUGGCGAGGCUUCGCAGGCUGCUGAAUAUUGUGCCACUGAUGCCAGGCUGCCUGUCCUGCUGUUGUUGCUACUGCUGCUGCCACUGCCACUUAGGCCUGCUGGCAGUCUCAUAUUAUUUGUAUUCACUAUGACUCAUCACUGUACUUUGGAUUGUCCUGAAUACCACCAUUUAGUAGUCAAGCCCCAAACCCAAAGUCCUGUUGGGAUGCAUUUUGGCUUGCCUGCUGCUGAAAGUGACCAUGAGGUGGUUGAUAACACCAUCAUUUAUCAGUUCUAGACCCUUAAGUAGUAGCAGUUGCUAGAACAUUGCCCUGCUUGCCUCUGCGUAGUUCCUUCCUUAUUUCAGGUAUCACGAUAUAUUGAUAUAUCAUGAUGUUUAACUGGUAAUAUAUCGUGAUAUUGAAAACAAGUUAUUGCCCAGUUCUCUCUAUGUGAGAGACAGAAAGUAAAAUGGAAGCAAGACCAUGAAUUAAGAGUGGGAAAUAUUGCAGGAAAAUACAUUUUUAAAGUCUCAGUAGGAAGCAUUUAAACUUGGGAAGAGAAUGACAUAUUAUGAUAACCAUUGCCUUCAUUAUACCAUACAUGAAAGUGCAAGGUGCAUGCUGCCUGACUUUCUUUUAGGAACUGCUGGGGAUUUCAUUUCUUUUCACUCUGUCAUGUUCAAACUGUGCAGAAGGUCCCUAAGUGGAGCACAUCUCUCUUUCUGGCAGAAUGUUAACAAUGGUAAUAUUAUCUUUAAAUGCUUAAGGCAGAAUAGCUGCAGUUUUUAUGAGGCAGGAUACUAGGUAGUCUUGUUCUUACCUUUUCCAGAAGUUUCAACAAGUUUUUAAAAAAUACUUUUUUAGAGCUCUGUUUUUAAGUUGCUUUUUUAAUAGUGUUGUUUGGCUUGUCUAUACUUUAGAGUUGUGUGCAGAGGUACCUGGGAAUCCAGCAUUUCAGCGCAGAAGCUUAUAGCCUAAGGCUGGAGGCCCAAAUGUUCUCCACUGAGUUACUCAGGGAAUCGAAUGGAAUGGGCAGUUCUAGACAUGAUCAUCUUAGAUCACAAUAAAAAAUUAUGAUAGCAACAGGAGGAGUCAUAACAGGACUGGCUGCCUUAAAGCGGCAAGACUCUGCCAGAUCCCAGCAUCAUCUAAAUCUUGCGACAUCAGCAGCUACUGAAGAACAAAAGCCAGUAAAACGCCGACCCAGAGCAGACGUAGUCGUGGUCCGAGGCAAGAUUCGACUUUACUCUCCAUCAGGAUUCUUCCUUGUUCUGGGAGUACUUAUCUCAUUUCUGGGGAUUGCUAUGGCAAUCCUUGGGUAUUGGCCUGAAAAGGAGCCUUUUCCAGAGUCUGAAUACAGCUUGCCACUAAAUGAUACCCAAGUCAUAGAAAAAGAAGAUGGAGUUAUAAUUCGUUUCUUUGAACAGCACUUGCAUUCUGAUAAGAUGAAAAUGUUGGGGCCUUUCACAAUGGGGAUUGGAAUAUUUAUAUUUAUUUGUGCAAAUGCUAUGCUCCAUGAAAACCGUGACAAGGAGACAAAAAUCAUACACAUGAGAGACAUCUAUUCCACUGUCAUUGACAUACAUACUCUGAGGAUCAGCGAACAGAAGCAGCUAACUGCGGCCUACACAGGCUUAGCAGGGGAGAAUGAAGUCAAGUACAACGGAAGUUCUUACGCAUCACGGCUGGCUGCAAAUACAAUUGCACCCUUCUCAGGCUACGCGAGCAACUUUCGAAUAGACAGCAGUGCUGAGGAGGAUGAAAUUGCUGCUAGUGACGGCAAAAACGCUACUCAUCUUCUGCCACCUUUGCUUACUGAGCGUUCUGGUUCAGUCUUCGGCCUUUACCCUCACUCUGGAAAGCCAAAGGAUGAUAGGAGUAGCAGCUCUUUAAAGUGUGAAACGAAGUCAAUUGUGUCAUCCUCCAUCAACGCUUUCACAUUACCUGUAAUUAAACUAAAUAACUGUGUUAUUGAUGAGCCCAGUAUAGACAACAUCACUGAGGAUUCUGUUAGCACUAGAGGCAGGCCUAGAAAUUUAUCUAUGGACUCUCUACCCAUUCCAUCAACUCAUACCAACGACAUGUACAAACAUUCCAGCACAUUGAUACCAAGAAACAGUUUAUAUGGAGACUCUUCAUCCAAAUCUUCUAUGAAUCUUGGGCCCAGUACAGGAAAGUUUCUGUCACCUGGUGCAGCCAGAAAACAGUUUGGGUCCAACACCUCUUUGCAUCUUUUGUCUGUGCACUCAAAAUCCCUAGACUUAGAUAGGGGACCUUCUACUCUGACUGUCCAAGUUGAACAAAGAAAACACCCAAGUUGGCCAAGACUGGACCGGAACAACAGUAAAGGUUAUAUGAAACUAGAAAACAAAGAAGAUCCAAUGGACAGGCUGCUUGUGCCAUCAGCAACAGUCAAGAAGGACUUUACUAACAAAGAAAAACUUCAAAUGAUUUCCAGAUCACAUAAUAAUUUGAGUUUUGAACAUGAUGAGUUUUUGAGUAACAAUCUAAAACGUGGAACUUCUGAGACAACGUUUUGACGGGGGACUAAAAUUAAUGUGUCAGUAUUUUUUUAGCAAAACAAAACAUUUUGACACGUGAUUCUUUUUUUGUGUGUGUUUGGUUUUCCAGUGAAACUGCCACAAGCCUGUUUUUACCAAAUGUUUCUAUCCGAUUAAAAUGGCCUUGUGUUAGCAAAGGUGUUAUUUUUCACCUCUGCAGUGCCAAGUGUUUAAUGUCAAGCAGCUUGUUCAUCAAAACACUGCACUGGCAUAGUGACGAUUGGAUGGUGUUCGUGCUUGGAUGGUAAUUGGAUGGUGGUUUGAUAAUUGAUAUCUUCUUAAUUUACAAUUGCAAUACUGUAUAUUAUCACUGCUCAACAUAUCUCAGAUCCCUUUCCUCCCAGUCAUUACUCUUUUUGUUUCUAUGUAAGCAUGCUAUCUUUCAUUACUGUGAGUCAACAAUACAAGCUGACUGAAUAAGCUUCGAUGUUCAGAGCCAUCAAUGAUGGCAACAUGUUAACAAUGGUGCUUUUAACUGGAGAUGGAGAUGGAUGGAAGGUUUGCUGUGGUGGAGCCAAAUUUAGCCCAUCAGUAUAUCCAGUGGAAAAAUUGACUGUUUUCCUUUUAAAAGAAAGAAUUCUAUAUCAGCAGGAUUCUAUUCAAAAGAAUAAUAGGAUUCUAUUCUAUAUAGAUUCUAUUCUGUAUUGAAACCUGUUUUCAAAGCUUUCAAAUGAGGUGUGCCAUGUGGGUAUUAGUGUUUUGAGCAACAUGAAUGAGUCCAGGUUUCCCUUGGGCACAUGAAACUAGUUCAUGGUUUUUCUUGGAAUCCAAAGCGUAAAGUAGAUAAUGAGUAUGAUCCGCAAGGAUAUUUCUACCAUGCAAUAAACACAUAGCAUUUUAUCUGUGUAGUAACUGCUCAUCCCCACUCCAAGCAGGGAAUGCACAAGAAAUUCUCUUACAUAUGGUAGUAAUAAUGCAUUGUCAAAUAUUAGUAAAAAACAAACAAAAAAACCUGCUACCACAGUGAUUAGGAUUUGGGAGAAAGACUAUGGAGAUUGAAAACCAUUUUUGUGAACUUGCUAUAAUCAACUGAAUACCAAUGUUGUUUGUAGUUCUGUUAUGAUGACAAGGGGGUGGAUUAAGCUAGAAAGAUGAGAUGGUUUCUGAUCUAGGAUGCAAAGAUAGCUGGUUGUUAUAAAUGUGGGACUUUGUGGCUAGGGGUUGAAUAAGGCUCAGUGCUAGGGGGAUGCGGGUAGCACUGUGGUCUAAAGCACUGAGCCUCUUGGGCCUGCCAAUCGGAAGGUUAGCAGUUCAAAUCCCCACAAUAGAGUGAGCUCCCGUUGCUCUGUCCCAGCUCCUGUCAGCCUAGCAGUUUGAAAGCACACCAGUGCAAGUAGAUAAAUAGGUACCACUGUGGCAGGAAGGUAAAUGGGGUUUCAUGCAUUCUGGCUUCUGUCACAGUGUUCCGUUGCACCAGAAGUGGUUUAGUCAUGCUGGCCACACAACCCGGAAAGCUGUCCGUGGACAAAUGCCAGCUCCCUCGGCCUCAGGGCCGUCUUAAGCGCCCCUGGCGCCGUGGUGCGGCGGAUCCCUCCGGCGCCCCCCACCCUGUUUCUCAGCGCGGCGGGCGGGCACAGCUGCCGUGGGCGCAGGUGCGUGGCGGACUGGCCGGCCAGCGGGUGGCCGCAGCUCGCGG